GUCACAUGGAUGGUUGUCUAUUAACUUGUUCAAAAAAGUAUCAGGAGUUGUCAAGGCAGAGAAGAGAGUGUUUGCAAAGGGGGAAAGUAGUUUGCUGCCUCUUUAAGACUAGGACUGAGAGAAAGAAGAGGAGAGAGAAAGAAAGCGAGAGAAGUUUGAGCCCCAGGCUUAAGCCUUUCCAAAAAAUAAUAAUAACAAUCAUCGGCGGCGGCAGGAUCGGCCAGAAGAGGAGGGAAGCGCUUUUUUUGAUCCUGAUUCCAGUUUCCCUCUCUCUCUCUCUCUUUUCUUCCCCCAAAUUAUUCUUCGUCUGAUUUUCCUCGCGGAGCCCUGCGCUCGCGACACCCCCGCCCGCCUCCCCUCCUCCUCUCCCCCCGCCCGCGGGCCCCCAAAGUCGCGGCCGGGCCGAGGGUCGGCGGUCGCCGGCGGGCCGGGCCCGCGUACAGCGCCCGCAUGUACAACAUGAUGGAGACGGAGCUGAAGCCGCCGGGCCCGCAGCAAACUUCGGGGGGCGGCGGCGGCGGCGGCGGCAACUCCACAGCGGCAGCGGCGGGCGGUAACCAGAAGAACAGCCCGGACCGCGUCAAGCGGCCCAUGAACGCCUUCAUGGUGUGGUCCCGCGGGCAGCGGCGUAAGAUGGCCCAAGAGAACCCCAAGAUGCACAACUCGGAGAUCAGCAAGCGUCUGGGCGCGGAGUGGAAACUUUUGUCGGAGACGGAGAAGCGGCCGUUCAUUGACGAGGCCAAGCGGCUGCGAGCGCUGCACAUGAAGGAGCACCCGGAUUAUAAAUACCGGCCCCGGCGGAAAACCAAGACGCUCAUGAAGAAGGAUAAGUACACGCUGCCUGGCGGGCUGCUGGCCCCGGGCGGCAACAGCAUGGCUAGCGGGGUCGGGGUGGGCGCCGGCCUCGGCGCGGGCGUGAACCAGCGCAUGGACAGCUACGCGCACAUGAACGGCUGGAGCAACGGCAGCUACAGCAUGAUGCAGGACCAGCUGGGCUACCCGCAGCACCCGGGCCUCAACGCGCACGGCGCCGCGCAGAUGCAGCCCAUGCACCGCUACGACGUGAGCGCCCUGCAGUAUAACUCCAUGACAAGCUCGCAGACCUACAUGAACGGCUCGCCCACCUACAGCAUGUCCUAUUCGCAGCAGGGCACCCCUGGCAUGGCGCUAGGCUCCAUGGGCUCGGUGGUCAAGUCCGAGGCCAGCUCCAGCCCCCCUGUGGUUACCUCUUCCUCCCACUCCAGGGCGCCCUGCCAGGCCGGGGACCUCCGGGACAUGAUCAGCAUGUAUCUCCCCGGCGCCGAGGUGCCAGAGCCGGCCGCCCCCAGCAGACUUCACAUGUCCCAGCAUUACCAGAGCGGCCCGGUGCCCGGCACGGCCAUUAACGGCACACUGCCCCUCUCGCACAUGUGAGGGCCGGACAGUGAACUGGGGGUGGGGGGUGGGGGGAUUUUCAAAGAAAAACGAGGGAAAUGGGAGGAGAGUAAGAAACAGCAAGGAGAAAAACCCGGUACGCUCAAAA